GGCACACAGCUCCUCAUGCCAGCGUCCCGCGAGCGCGCCGAGCUGUCGUCCCGCGCCAGCGCCACGACGCCGGGGGCGGCGUCCGCCCCCGGCGGCAGCAGCGGAGGCAGCCAGCAGCAGCAGCAGCAGCACCGCCACCGCAAGCACCGGUCGCGGUCGAGCGCGCGCUGCGCCGACCUGGACAAGCCCAAGAAGAAGCGGUCCCAGGGCGGCGGCAGCACGUCGCUCGUGUCCAUCCCCAACGCCAUCAAGCUGUCCAUGCUGAACAGCGGGCUCAUGUCCCUGGAGGAGGGCGGCGUCAUCUCGGUGAUCCCCAGCAAGCCGGUGGAGGUGAAGAACUUCCAGAAGCUGUGCGACCAGCGGCGCAAGUUCCCGGUGCUCUACAAGGCCGAGUUCCAGACGGCCAGCAAGGUGGAGACGCACUCUUGCCGGCACGCUACCAAGCCAUCCAACAAGGAGAAGAACCAGAACCAAAAGUGCAUUCCAUAUGACUACAACAGGGUGGUGCUGGAUUCGCUUGAAGACAUUCCAGACUCGGAUUACGUUAAUGCUUCGUAUGUUGACAGCCUGCUGAAACCCAACGCCUACAUCGUGACCCAGGGCCCCACGGAGAACACAGUGACGGACUUCUGGCGCAUGGUGUGGCAGGAGAACGCCAGCUGCAUCGUCAUGCUCACCAAGACCUUCGACUUCAUCAAGGUGAUGUGCAUGCAGUACUGGCCCGCGUCCAAGGAGCUCAGCGAGACGCACGGCGGCAUCGUCGUGUCCAUCGCCCGCGAGGAGGAGCUCGCCAACUUCCACAUCCGCACCUUCCGGCUCACCAAGAUGGAGGAGGGGGCGACGGUGGAGACGGAGCGCAGGAUACUGCAGUUCCACUACACGCAGUGGCACAGCCACACGUGUCCCUUCUCCAACGCCAUCCUGGAGUUCCGGCGCCGCGUGCGCGCCGUCGUGGGCACAGUGCAGUCCGACCUCAGCGGGCCGAUGGUCGUCCACUGCAACGAUGGUGGUGGCAGAUCAGGCGUCUACCUUGCAAUCGAUGCCAACUUGGAACUGAUGGAGGAGGAAGAUGCCUUUGACGUUUUUGGUUACUUUAAGAAACUCAGACAAUCAAGAAAAGGACUCAUCGAAACACUGGACCAGUACAAGUUCGUGUACGACACCUUGGAGGAGUUCGUGAUCUGCGGCACGUCGUGGUUCCCGGUCAAGGAGCUGUCGCAGCGACUCAAGCAGAAGUCCGUCAAGAACCCUCUCACCAAGAUCAGCGAGUACCAGAACGAGUACAACCUGAUCUGCAAGCAGACGCCGCGGUUCACUAUCGGCGACUGCGCGGGCGGUCACCGCGCCGACAACCGGGAGAAGAACCGCGACGUGUUGGUGGUGCCUCCUGACAAUGCUCGGCCAUACUUGAUAUCAUUUCAAGGCAACAACUUCACGGACUACAUAAACGCUGUGUUUGUGGACGGCUACACCAAGCCGCGCGAGUACAUCGUGACGGAGUGGCCGCUGCGCAACACGUGCGGGGAGUUCUGGUCGCUGGUGUACGACUACGAGUGCUCGGCCGUCGUGGUGCUGUGCGUCCCGCCCGCCGGCUCGCAAAACUUCCCGUCGUUCUGGCCCGAGGGUCGACACUCGAAGAAGUACGGCCCCGUCUUCACCAUCGACCACAUCUCCCACAACCACUACUCCAACAUCAAGACGUGGGUGUUCAGGAUAAACAAGAAGAUCGUGUCGCUGACGGAGCUGAUGGCGGGCGUGAAGGCUCCCCCCAGGACGGUGCAGCUGUUCCAGCUCACGUGCUGGCCCAUGGGGCACAAGGUGCCCACGUCCACCAACUCGCUGGUCGAGCUCAUGAACAUGGUGGAGCGCUGGAGGCAGCGCACCGACUACGGCCCGGUCACCGUCGUCUCGCCGGACGGCUGCAGCCGCGCCGGGGUGUACUGCGCGGCGAACGCGUGCAUCGAGCAGGUGAUCCAGCACGGCGAGGUGGACGUGUUCCAGGCGGUGAAGACCGUGAGGCGCCACCGGCCGCAGCUCGUCGAGAACAUGACCGAGUACAAGUACUGCUACGACCUGGUGCUCCACUACGUCCUCCACUACCUCAACAAGGACAUGAAGGAGAAGAAGUGAGGAAGUGAGCAGGAGAUGCUCUGGUUCAUCGAGUUCGGCCGCGGGACGGCGCUGCCGCAGACUCCGGAGGGACCACCCCAGCAGCACGGCGACCUCGCCGACGCGGCGGGCAAGCUUCCCCCGGGGGCGCGCCACUACCGCUGGAACUGCUGCUCGUGCGAGCUGCUGUCGCCGUGCUGCGAGCGGACCCAGGGAGGCGCGCGGCGGCCC